UAAUACUUUUAAUAAUUUAAAAAGAAAACAAUAAUUACAUUCAUUUUAAAAAAUCGUAUUAUUCGCAUUAGUUGUCCAUACAAUUUAACACAAUUUCUAGAAAGUAGUUACUUGUGAUCCGAUAUUUUUAAAUUUUGUCUAUUCGAUUUUUUGUUUACUUUAAAGUGACCUUAAUCAAGGUGACAAAGUUAAAACGACUGUUUAUGGGAGAGUACGAGUGUUCCAAUCGAAAGGAACGGAACCUUUCCCAUCAGCACGCGUCACUUCCAGGUCGACUCUCGGUCUCUUUUUGGGGUUCCCUUACCGCCUAGAAGAAGCUCAGUUUGCUCUCCCCUGUUCCACCUUUCCUUUUACCCUGCUGCAGUUGUUGCUGUUGUGGUUUGCGUUGUUUCCAUUUUUCCCUCUCUCUCAAACACAAUGCACUCACGCACACACACUCUGACGAGAGUGCAAGUUUCGGAAUUUUUAAUGUUUUUGUGUCAAAAAUCGAACAGCCGUCAACGAUGAACCACCUGCGGGUGCACAAAUUUAAGCUGGGCGGCAAAGAUAAUGCCGCCAUGGCCGAUUUACCACCAGCGGAUAAUACCAAUAACAACAACAAUGUUGGAAAUAAUAAUCACAGUGGCGGAGCCAAAGGAUUUCUAGGCAGGAUCAAACGUUACUCUGUGCUGGGAAAUAAGUUGGGACGUCGCCAUCUCGGCAGUAUGAAUCUGAAUCCGGUGAAUAACGCCGGUGAUAAUUCAGUUUCGCCCAGUAAACUCCACACCGGCAGCUAUAACAUGACCGGCAGUCAUUCGGAUGACCAUCGCCUGGAGAUUGGAGCUCCUGUAUUGAUAUCCACUACCACUCUAGAUACGGAUCGUUUCGACGUAACGGAGGCGAGACUCAAACAGAUUGGCGGUGGCAUAGCCCAGAACUCCAAUAUUGUGAGAACCUUGACUCCGAGAAGUUCGGAUGAAGAUGAGUUUGUGGACGCCAGGAGCAGUCCGCAGGAAAUGGAGAGGGAAGAAGAUCUUCGGAACUCAGAGGACCCAGAAAACAAGGAGGAUCAGGAUCUUAACGAACCACAGCAGGAGGAGAAGAAAGAUCUAGAAGAUCUCGAGGAGCCAGAACAUUUUGAGACACCCAAACAUCAGGUGGAGGAAAAGGAACUAAAAGAGGUGGUUCCGCAGGAAGUAGUACCUCCCAAAAACCCAGAACCCAUUGCCAUAGAACGUCCUAUUAGACGACCACGAAUCGGUCGCCAGCAUAUGCAAUCCCAGUCCGUUCAGAACCUGCAUCGCACCGAACUAAUGGUCUACCUGCACAAGUCCAAUUCCAUGGUCCUGGACAUGAAUGUUACGGCCCCGGCAAAACUUGGAUUGGAUUUGAAUCUACCAGAGUUGCCAGAACUGUACGGAGCAAGCGAACUCAGUUUGGCGGCCUGUGACAAUCAGGAAAAUCGGCCAGUCGUAAAGCUCCCCUCCUUAGAACGGUCACCCAUACCGAAUGGUGGGUUCUUGGCCCAACAACCGCACUUUAAGAGCCUGGACUCGUUUCAGCUGAAUGGGAAUUCGCAGCAGAGCUCCCGCCAGAGUUUGGCCUGCAGCAGCAAUGGGGACUACGACUUUGAUCUGAAAUCAGUUAGCUAUCAGAGCCUUAAUGCCCAGAAUCUGUUUGUGUCCAUUGACGAACUGCAGGAGUUGACGCGGCAGAUCAACGAAACGGAGGACUUUAGCAAGGAGAUCGAUCUGGAGUACUGCACGCAUCGCGACCAGUUGAGACCCAGUGAGCGCAGGAUAACUCUGCUGAAGAACAAAAACCAAACGCUGAUCAACUUUAAUCACAACAAGGAGAAGCUGAGGAAGGGCUGGCACGGCAUGAAGCACUGGUUGGGCGAGGAGGGCUCCAAGAUCAAGGAGGCAGUGCGUCAGCAGACGCCGCUGAAGCGUCUUGCCCAAUCCAGGAGCAAUCUCAACCAGUCCACGGCGGAUGCCAGUCGCCAGUCAAUGUCGCCGGAACGAAGUCGCCGCGAAAUGACCGAGAGCUGCGAGGAUGUCACCGAACGCACCGAAAUGGAGUCAUCCAUGUCGCACCGAAACAGCGAGGAGGAUCUGUCGCCGCAUGCCAAGCGGUUCAAGGAUGAGGGACAGAACGGCUUUGAGGAACUCCGGCGAUAUGUCAAGCAGGGCGGGGACUUUAGCAAGGAGCUCAUAUUCGUCCUGCAGGAGAGAGCCGACUCAGAGCUGAUCUACUCCAAGUCGCUAUCGAAGCUGGCCAACAAGCUGAACAAAGCUGGUAGGGAAAUCCCCGGGAGCGUGGCCGACGCCUGGCGUGGAGUGGCUACGGAGAUGGAGAGCCGCAGCGACAUCCAUCGCCAGUUGGCGGCCUCGCUCACGGAUGAGCUCGUCAAGCCGCUUAAAACCGUCGUCGAAGGACAUCACAAGGCGCGCAAGGCGGUGGAGAGCAACGUGGACAAGGCGGCGCGAGUCCUGGGCGAAUGGCGAGCCAGUGAGGCGAAGGCGAAGAAGGCCUCCCACACGGCGGCCCGCGAGAACGAGAAGCUGCAGGACGCGAUGCUGGACGUGCGCAUCCAGAAGUCGCCGUCGAUUGCCCUGCUCCACCAGGGACCCAACAAGCAGGCCGCCGAGAAGGAACUGAAGUCGGCGGAGAAGGAUUGUGUGAAGCUGGACAAUAAGCGCAAGAAGGCCGAGGAGGCGGUGAAGCGGGCGGAUGUGGAGUACUACACCCUGUGCGUCCGUGCCGAACGGGCCCGCGUGGAUUGGGAGAUGGCCGUGCUCCGGGGAAGUGCCCAGUUGCAGAGCAGCGAGCAGCAACGUCUGGGCAAUAUGCACAACUUUGCCCAGCAGUAUGCCCGUCUCAUCUCGGACAUGAACCCGAUCCUCGGCGGACUGAGCACCCGGCUGCAGCCGCAACUAGAGGCCUGCAAUGUGGCCAAGGACAUGCAGGUGGUGCGUCACAUCCGCCGCAACUCGGAGGGACCCAGUGAGCAGCUGCUCCCAGACUUUUACUGCGAACACACCACGCUGGCCAUGAACCGGGAGCGCCGCAAGCACGCCCUGAUCAAGCUGCUCCAGCUGGUCAAAACGGAUCUGGAGCGGGAGCGACGAUCCCGCGACGGAUUGAGGGGUCUGUCGCAGUCAGUGAACCACCAGGACAACCAGAACAUCACCGACAAACUCUAUCACAUCCGCUCCAUGCUGACCUAUUUGGAGGGCGCCCGCCUCAAGCUGCACUCUGCCCUUUUGGAGCUGGACCAUAAGCCCAGGACCACUCACCCACUGGCACAGCACAUUCAGAUCACCCGUGAUCGCACCGGACUGCAGCAGAGCAUCCUGAAGGUGCCCAACUGGCUGAAGAACAACGACAAGUCGCAGACGCAGCAAUCGACGAGUAUGCUGGCGCACGACAUUACCGAUAUAACCACUAACCAUGAGGAUGAGCUCCCCGAGGAGAACUGCUCCCACCUGCACAGCAGCAGCAACAGCAAUAACAAUAGCAAUGGAUCCUGCACGGACAUCAGCUCGGUGGUGAAGCCGUUCAACCGGAGCAAGAGCAACAUCGAGACCAAUUUCACCAGCCAACCAAAGAUAAUCUCGACGACGAAUGCCGCGGUGGCCGCGUCCGUCAAGUCCAAAACUCUGGCCAAUCUCCAGGAUGGCCAUCAAAACCAUCAUCAUCACAGUGAUCGCGGCCAGGCGGAUGGUGGAUCCAAUCAGCAGGACUCCGAUUUUGAUGAGUUCAGCUCGCAGGACGAGGACGAGGAGCCGGAGAAGCCGCAGCAGCAGCUGCAAAAUUCCAACCCGAUCAAGGCCCAAAUGCAGACGCAGCACUUCUACCAGAAUGCGCAGGAUAUGCAGAAGAGCCAGAAGGACGGAUCCGGUCCGAUAUUGGGACGCUGCAAGGCGCUCUAUAGCUACUCCCCCAAGCUCUACGACGAGCUGGAACUGAGUCCCGGCGACAUCAUCGAGGUGCAUGCCAAGCAGGACGACGGCUGGUGGCUGGGCGCCCUGCGCAACCACAUCGGCAUCUUCCCGGCCACCUAUGUGGAGGAGUGCGCCUAGAUGCAGGAUCCCUCCAUAUAGAUAUAUAUAUAUAAGUGCGAAUGAGUGUGUGCGACUGCCAGUAGAAUGAGUGUGUUGUGGAGCGAUUUGUUUGACAUAAAACCAUUGGAGGAAAAAGAAAUACCAGGGCUGAGAUCAAUAUUGAACCUGCCAACAUUUUCUGUUAUAUGACAUUUCUACAAAGCUAAGGCUUUAAAACAAACGAAAAACGAAAAAGAAACAUUGAUUUUGGAAAGCUCUUCCCCAGAAUUGAAAAAGUUGAAUUGCUUAUGUUCUCUUAAUUGAUAAAUGAAAAUCACAGAAUUAUUUUUCAACCAAAAAGGAUAAAUUUGUUAGGAAAUAAAGGAAUAUUUACAUUUAAAGUUUAAUUUCACAACAACCAAACUAAUUUUGUAUUCAAUAUGAAAAAGAAUAGCUCUUUAUGUUUCUCCAAAUAUCAGCAUAUUUGAUUGCUUAAAAAAAAUGCACCUUAAUCUAAUGUUCGAUUUAAUUUAACUUCAAGCUUAACCGAAAAAGCGAUACACAUAAUUAUUUCUAUUUGUUAAUUUUUGUACUUUCAAUGAAAACUUUAACAAGCAGAUAAAAAACAACCAUAUGUGGAUUACACAACAAUUAUUAGAUUACAGAAAAACGUUUAAUAUAAUACCAAUUUAACAUCUCUAAAACAGAAGGAAAUCAAGAAAACAGAAAAUACUUCAUUUUUGUUUAAACAUUUUUUUGUUAAAAAUGAAAAUAUUUUGUUUUGGUAAAAUUUUUACGAACUGCUUAUAUCUUAUUUAGCAACUGAAAAAAGCGAACUAGGCAGAUAAGUUUUUUCAUGGAAAUUUUCUUGGUAGACAAUUAAAUAAAUAAAUAAGUUGUUCAAGCGAAAAGCACAAAAUUUUUUGUAAAAUAAGGAAACAUAAAUUUAAGCUUACAAUAUGAUAUGAAAUGAAAAUAGUUUGCCUUUGAGUAAAUAUUUCUUUAUUUUUUUAAAGCGUCGAGAGAUUAACGAGUCCUUUUUUAGUUUUUCGCAAUAAAACCAGUUUUUAAUUUAUUAACCAUUAAACUCAUUGGCCAAAAACAGCAAUAUUAAGCCUAUAAUUUUAAACCCUGAUUUGCUUAGAAAGAAUAUUUGUCCGACCUAUUUUUUUGUAUCAAACAAAUCGAUCUGCUCUAGUGUUACAAAGUUAGUUAACCUGCCCUUGACAAGCUGCUGAUACCAGGACAGGCUUUUGCAUUAAGCGUACGAUGUAAUCUAAGAGUAAAGAUUGUAUAAUUUUAUUUUAUGUUUUUUUUUAUAUUUUUUUAACUACCAAUUAUUCUUUAUAUUUAGCGCCCAGUUCAGUCAUUUACCAUUUAUCGAUCCUGCACAUUAACUUUAGCGCUGGACGAAUGGUCCUCAUCAAUAAAAAACAAACUCCUGUUAUUACAUUAUUAUUAUUUUUAUUGCAUAUACAUAAUGGAACGACAUGCAUAUAUCAAUAUAGAUUAUUAUAUUCAACAUGCGAAAUCACAAAUUUUUUUUUCUCGUUUUGUAAUUACAUUUAAUAAAUUAAAAGUAUACAUAUAUAUAUUUGUAAAAUAUUAAAAACAAAAAAAAUAGAGUUUUGUGUAUAUCAACUCUAAUAAUA